GGAAGCGUGGAAUGUGUUGUGUUGCUACAUUUCACAUAUGUAGUGUAACUCUAAGCUUACUUUAUUUUAAAUGAAAAGAGUAGUCAGGCGUUGUACUUCCUCUCAUCAAGAAGUUUCCUGCGUCUAACAGUCAAGCCAAAUUAACUGCCAUCAACACAUGAGAGAAGUCGUGCUUCUUGAGGGUGGAAAAACAACCAUGAAUGACUCAAAAACGGACAGAUUCAAAAUGGACAAUGCCACCUUGGCCAUGUUUGACAACCACUUGGUCAGUGAAAUUGUGUCAGCCAUCUAUAUCAUCGUGACCCUUACCAACCUGAGCGGAAACGGCAUCUCUCUGUUUCUGUUACUGAUGCGCACAUCUCCAAAAACCCCCUCCAUCAUCUUCAUGAUCAACCUCACCCUGACUGACUUGAUUCUGGUUACUGUGCUCCCCUUUCAGAUCAUGUACCAAUUGCAGGGUUACAACUGGACUUUGAGUGCAGGCAUGUGCAAUGUACUGACGGUGGUUUUCUAUGCCAACAUGUACAGCUCCGUUUUAUCCAUGACUGCCAUCAGCGCCGACCGCUAUGUGGGGAUUGUGAAACCGAUGCGUUUCAGAGAGAUGAGGAAGAGGAAAACAUAUGCAAUUGUUAUCUGUAUAUUCAUAUGGCUGCUAGUCCUUGUGAUUCUGAGCCCCCUGCAACACAAAGACCUAACAUAUUUUGUAAAGGAGCGCAAUAUCACCACAUGUUUUGAUGUGUUGAAGAAGGACCUGCUCCCAAGUACUGCUCACUGGACGGGCUUCAUUUUUGGCAUGUUCAUCAUCCUCUUCCUCUGUCCGUUCAUCAUAACAGUGUUUUGCUACAUUAACAUCAUCUGCGUCCUGGUCAGAAGUACCAAUAGUCAUCAGAAAGGCCGUGCUGUGCGGUUGGCGUGCAUCGUUCUGUUUGUGUACAUUUUUUGUUUUGCUCCCAAUAAUAUAUUACUAUUGGCCCACGGCAUUGUAAGGCUGUAUUAUGACAAAUCUCUCUAUAUCUACUAUAAACUCUCCCUGACUCUUAGCUGCAUUAAUAGCUGCAUAGAUCCAUUUAUUUAUUAUUUUGCAUCGAAAGAGUUCCGUCGGAAGCUAAGGCAAAUUCUGAGGUUGCAGACUCUCAGCACGGACAUGCAAAUGACCGAGGGUCAUAGAGAAAGCUUUUUCUCAGGACGUUCAACGGUCAAUGCAAAAGAGGACUGUGACUCUUGAAUUUGUAACAUUUCUUUAGUUUUUUUAGUUUCUGCUAUUUUUAUUUUGAGAAGAUAUUCUAUGGGGGAAUUGUCAGAAUCAGGAGCAAUAUGAGCAGUUAUAUGAGUCAGAGCACAAGUGCUAACAACCACAGCUCUCACACAAUUCACACGGCUUAUAAUAAUGUAAUGCAAACCCAUAAGGAUCACUUCCCAUAGAGAGUUUUCUUGUUAUUGUUUUUGCAGCGUUUAGCUUUUGUUCUGUUUUGAUUUCCUGUCUGAGCAUUUGAAGGAAAGCAUGCUGCUCAUGCAUUCAGGGCGCGUGAUGUUGUGUAUCUUGUUUUUUUUUUUUUUUUUGGUAUCAUUCAU